CCGCAUACUCUCCGCCCAGCGGCGCUGCCUGGCUGCUCCGCCCCGCCAGCCGCGGGCGCGGGGACGUCAGCGCUGCCAGCGUGGAAACGGCGGCGGGGAACGGGAGGCGGAAGUAGCAUCCCGGACCGCCGGGCCUCCAUCGGGCUCCGCCAUGGACGUGUCCCUGGAGAAGGUAGCAGACCCCACCUUAAUUGAAAUGGGAAAAAACUUGAAGGAGGCCAUGAAGAUGCUAGAGGACAGUCAGAGAAGAACAGAGGAGGAAAAUGGAAAGAAACUCAUGUCAGGGGAUAUUCCAGGGCCUCUCCAGGGCAGUGGACAAGAUAUGGUGAGCAUCCUCCAGUUGGUUCAAAAUUUGAUGCAUGGCGAUGAAGAUGAGGAGCCCCAGAGUGCCCGAAUCCAGAAUAUUGGAGAACAAGGUCAUAUAGCUUUGCUGGGGCAUAGUCUGGGAGCUUAUAUUUCAACAUUGGACAAAGAGAAGCUGAGAAAACUUACAACUAGGAUACUUUCAGACACUACCUUAUGGCUAUGCAGAAUUUUCAGGUAUGAAAACGGCUGCGCUUAUUUCCAUGAAGAAGAAAGAGAAGGACUUGCAAAGAUCUGCAGGCUCGCCAUUCAUUCUCGUUAUGAAGACUUUGUAGUGGAUGGAUUCAAUGUGUUGUACAACAAGAAGCCUGUUGUAUAUCUUAGUGCUGCUGCUAGGCCUGGCUUGGGCCAGUACCUUUGUAAUCAGCUUGGCUUGCCCUUCCCCUGCUUAUCUCGUGUACCCUGUAACACUAUGUUUGGAUCCCAGCAUCAGAUGGAUGUUGCCCUCCUGGAGAAACUGAUUAAAGAUGAUAUAGAACGAGGAAAACUGCCCCUAUUGCUUGUUGCAAAUGCUGGAACUGCAGCGGUAGGGCACACAGAUAAGAUUGGGCGUUUGAGAGAACUCUGUGAGCAGUAUGGCAUGUGGCUUCACGUGGAGGGUGUGAAUCUGGCAACGUUGGCUCUAGGUUAUGUUUCCUCGUCAGUGCUGGCUGCAACCAAAUGCGAUAGCAUGACAUUGACCCCAGGCCCAUGGCUGGGUUUGCCAGCUGUCCCUGCAGUCACCCUUUAUAAACACGACGAUCCUGCGUUGACGUUAGUUGCCGGUCUUACGUCAAAUAAGCCAGCCGACAAACUCCGUGCCCUGCCACUGUGGUUGUCCUUACAAUACUUGGGACUUGAUGGGAUUGUGGAGAGGAUUAAGCAUGCCUGCCAACUGAGUCAACGGUUGCAAGAAAGUUUGAAGAAAGUGAACCACAUCAAAAUCUUGGUGGAAGAUGAGCUCAGUUCCCCAGUCGUCGUGUUCAGAUUUUUCCAGGAAUUACCAGGUUCAGAACCAGUGCUUAAAGCUGUCCCAGCACCCAACACGGCGCCGUCGGUGGUUGGCCGGGAGAGACGCUCCUGCGACGCACUGAAUCGCUGGCUGGGAGAACAGCUGAAACGUCUGGUGCCCGCGGGCGGCCUCACUGUCAUGGACCUGGAAGUGGAGGGCGUCUGCGUGCGGUUCAGUCCUCUGGCGACAGCAGCAGGUUUAGGAACUCGGGGAGAGGAUGUGGACCAGCUUGUGGCCUGCAUACAAAGCCAGCUGCCAGUCCUGACUUGUACACUACAGCUGCGAGAGGAGUUCAAGCAGGAGGUGACGGAGACAGCAGGCCUCUUAUACGUCGAUGACCCUAACUGGCCUGGAAUAGGGGUUGUCAGGUAUGAACAUGCUAAUGAUGAUAAGAGCAGUUUGAAAUCAGAUCCAGAAGGGGAAAAAAUCCAUGCUGGACUCCUGAAAAAGUUAAACGAACUGGAAUCUGACCUUACAUUUAAAAUGGGCCCUGAGUAUAAAAGCAUGAAGAGCUGUAUUUACAUCGGCAUGGCGAGUGACGACGUAGAUAUUUCUCAACUCGUGGAGACCAUUGCAGUCACAGCCCGAGAAAUUGAGGAAAACUCAAGGCUUCUGGAAAACAUGACAGAAGUGGUUCGGAAAGGAAUUCAGGAAGCUCAGGUUCAGCUGCAGAAGGCCAGUGAGGAGCGCCUCCGGGAAGAGGGCGUGUUGCGGCAGAUCCCCGUUGUAGGAUCCGUGCUGAAUUGGUUCUCUCCGGUCCAGCCUUCACAGAAGGGAAGAACUUUCAACUUGACGGCAGGCUCUCUCGAGUCCACAGAACACACGUAUGUCUACAAAGUACAAGGGACAGGAGUAACACCACCUCAGACCCCAUCAGGCAGUCGCACGAAACAGAGACUUCCAGGCCAGAAGCCUUUUAAAAGGUCCCUAAGAGGUUCAGAUGCUCUAAGUGAGACAAGCUCCGUCAGUCACAUUGAAGACUUAGAAAAGAUGGAGCACCUGUCUGAGGGGCCAGAACAGGAGGCCCUGGAGGCUAACAGCCCUGAGCAGCACCCAGGAGCUCCCACCCCUCAGGAAGCCGAGCAGACUGGAAGCUUCCAGAACAGGGCCCAGCGCCCAGAAGACAACCAUCCACAGGUGGAAGAACCAGAAAGCUUAAGAUAAAAUUCAGUGUUUGGUUUGAGACUGUACUGAGUAUUGUUUCAGGGAAGAUGAAGUUAUACUGAAAAUGUGAACUGUGCCACAUGCUGAUACAAGAGAAAUUACUGUUAUUUGUGCUUAGCUGGGAUUUUUGCACAAAUAUGUGCCUGAAAGCCAGGCUUUCUUGGAGGGUAAUUGACUUGUCUAAUUUUAUGGGUACAGAGAACAACAACAACUGUUUCUGUCUACCCAACUGUAGUAAUACAUUCCUCCCCAACAUACCAUAAACACUUUUUAUUCACAAAGAACACUCAGAAUUUCAAGUGCCCGCCACUUGAAACACUUGCUCUUAUCUGUGUAAACGUAAGUGUAAGAAGUUGCUAGGUUGCACAUGGUAACUUUUCGGUAAGACAGCUUUCUUUAGACCUCUCUGGGUUCUUUUGGACUGCUGCAGACAAGACGGCAUCGUUUGCCAUCCAUUUUAUUUGUUUAGUUUGAUCAGGUUGCAGUAUACAACUGGACUGUGUGGGCUUGAAGGAGGAGUUUCAGUGGGAUUGUACACAAGUGUCAGAAGCCCUUUUCCACCAUCCCCAACUGCUGCUUUCCCUCAAGACGUGAGGAAGGGCUGUGUCCACUCAUGCUGUGGCAGGCUGGCUAGCAAGUUAGACAGGGCAGUGUGUCUGUGGCCGCCCUCUGCCGCAAAUCCAUUUCUCCCUUUAUAUACUAUUUGUAAAAAAAUUAAAGGACUCAUCUAUUAAGAGUAACUAUAAAAACUCUCAUUGACCAUAUGUAUAUGUAUAUUUUUAAAUAUUGGUAAAGCUUUUAAAUUGGCACAGAAGAAGAAACUGUGCUUAUUUCUAUGUUUAAUAUCUGAAAACCCAAUGGAUACUACUCUUAGGAAUAUAAUGUUAAAUAUGCUGUAGGACCCAGUUAAAUUCUAAAGUGAGUAUACCUUUGACCUGUUUCACGUGGGAGCUUCAUAGCUUCUGUUCCACUAGCAGCUCACCCCUUUGGGCCCAACUCAGAAACAAGAACCAGAAAAGUAAUCUUCCUUAGGCCGACCACGCCAGACUACUGCUGAAGUCACUGGAAGCUGGCCCUUAAUGACGGCCCGAGUCUGCGCUUCCACAAGUCCGGCUGCCCUUCCUUCACCACAGGUGACACCCAGUGCCUGCCAGGCCAGCAGAGCUGAGCUUGAGGGACCCUGAAAUGGUGGGAGUUCACACUGCGUUUGUGGACUGAAGGACUGGAAGCCUUAGUUAUACCACAUUAAGCCAAUAAUUACACUCUGAUUUGAUGUGAUUUCUGACUUUUGACUUUUGUCAAAAUGUAUUUCCUUUUUUCAUUUUCUUUUUGGUGCAGAUGAUUAAACAAAGUCUUCCUUGUUUAUUUGGUGCGAUGAAGUACAGCAGAUGGGGGGAGGGGAAAUUAUCACCUUUAACAAGAUUAAUUUUUAAAUGUUUUUACAUAUAAAUUGUUAAAUUGGUUUUGCUGAAACAGAAUUUCACCCUUGAGAUACUAUUUGAAUGUUGGUUUCAAUAAAGGUUCUCAAAAUUGUUA